AUGCCUCUGGGCCGAAAACUUUUAAAGCAACCUGUAUUUCCAAUUUCCGAAGGACGAUUCGCCUAUGAUCUGGGCUGGAGCUCGGGUAUCUACAGAGGAUUUCACAACGUUCAGCACAAUGGAAGAGUGUUUGGGUUCGAUUCUUUGAUUUGGCUCUUUCCUGACAAUAUGGUUGCCAUCUUUAGCAGUGUUAACGGACCAAUGAACAAACAGUCAAGAAACGCCCUCCGCGUCAUACACCACUUCGCCGCCGACCUCUUGCUCGGUCAAGAAGUCUGGCUAAACAAGUCCAGUUCUUGCACUUUUCCGGACCCAUGGCUAAGCAAUUACAACGAGAAAAAAUACAAGUUAAAGGCUAAGAAAAAAAUAACUCUCCUUCCCAAAAACCUGAACUCUAACGGAGAGAAGAGGAUCCACAACUGGUGGGAAUCCGUGCGGCACACGAAAAGGCACCCGCUUCCGAACGUACUGAAACGACAACGACCUCUAGCGGAUUACGUUGGCGCCUACGGCCAUCCAGCUUUCGGUAACAUAACGAUUCUCUUGAACGAGUCUACCAAGCAAUUGUAUAUGACUCACGGGAGGUUUGGACGAGCUGUUCUCAAACCGACGGAUGAGAUCAAUCAUUUUAAUAUGAAAUUCGAAGGACUGUUACAGUAUAUUAGCGAAGCGGACGGCUGGGGUUUCUCCUACCCUAUUGUGUUUAACGUUGAUGGAAACAGGAUUGUCUCCCUUUAUGCACAUUUUAUUGAGAAGACGGUUCCGCCAUUAUUUAAGAGAGGGGUAACGUGGCAAGAGAUUUCCGACUUUCGUCCUUUUCCAAGUUCCAGAUAUUCAUGUCAGAACGGGCAGCCAAUUCUGAGAAGCGAACUGUUGCAAGUUUUCGGCCUAUCUUUUCUAUCUACACUUGAGGUUAUUUUUAUAAGAUAUGCGUAA